GAGAACGAGACUGUAUUGAGUAUUAGAAAUCCUUUUCAGAAUGGCAGAAACUUGUCAAACUUUUAUUCAAUACCAUGCCUUAAAGUCGCUUUCUUUUCGUUUUUGGCUUUCUAUUUCUGCAUACAUUUUGGUUUAUUAUGUUUACUUUGUACAUUGUUUACCAUAUGAUAACUAUUCAAAUGUUAUUGAGCUAGAUCAGCGUACUUUUGAAAAGGAAGUUUUAGGCUCUUCGGAGAACUGGCUAGUCGAGUUUUACGCUCCUUGGUGUGGUUAUUGCAAGCAGCUAGAGCCGGUUUACAAAAAAGUUGCGAGUAGAUUGAAGGACGCUGUAAGAGUUGGUGCUGUGAACGCAGAAAAGUAUCCAAAUCUUUCCCAAAGAUACCAAGUUCGAGGUUUUCCAACAAUUUUUUUGUUUCGUUUAUCCAACAAAAAGAACAAAAUACCUGUUGAGUAUCAGGGAGACAGAACUAGCAAGUCUUUGUUAAGUUUUGUAGAAGAAAGAAUUCCUUCGUUUGUUGCGCAAGUGAAGAGUGCUGGAAUAGAACCUUUCUUGAGAAAUGAACCGGAACUUCCUCACGUAUUGUUGGCAACCAUGAGGAAGGCACCCUCUGUGCUAUUGAAAGCAUUGUCUUCAACUUAUGCAGAAUCUAUUAUUUUCGGAAUUAUUCACAAGGAUGACAUAGAUUCAGAGCUCAUGAAACUAUAUGGUAUUGAGAAGUAUCCUGUACUGUUAGGAUUUCAGCCCAAUAGCAAGGCAACUAGUCUUCCAGAUACUUUUCAUUUAGAACAUAUGCAAAGAAAGGAUAUUCAUGGAUUUCUGAAACAAGUUUUAAGCAAAGCCAAGUUGAAUUCAUCAGCAACCUCCUCGGAUGAUAUGAAGAACGUUUCGAAUAAGUUUGGAGUCGAUAACUGGAAUAAAAUCGUAUCAGACUGUCUUGCACACAAAGAGAAGAUAUGUAUUCUUUUCAUUUUCUGUGCUAAUGACGAAUUUGCUCUGCUCUUUUGGAAGAAUUUGACUUCAAGAUACCGAGACUCCAUAUUCCAAUUUUCUUCAAUUACUUGGGAACAUUGUCCUAAACGUUGGCUUGAAGAAUUUGGUACGGACUCGAGUGUUUGUUUCAACUCAACUCUGGUAGCAUGGAAAAUGAGGUGCGUUAUUCUGUUGUUGCUGAACGUGCUUUCUUUGUGACAUCGAUUUUUAGUAACAUGAAAU